AUAAAGAGAUGUGAAAACGGCGUCACUGACAGUACGAGUUUCACCUCUCAGUGUUGUUGACAGUUGGGAUGUAGCACAUGGUCCAGCUUUGACUCGGUGACUGGCUCGUUGUUCAGUAUUACACAGGUUUCUUCAGUUCCUGUACCGACCCUUCUCUGUGUGAUGGACAAAAGGACUUGAUUUUCAUGGUAAGAUUUCCACCCUUUCAGAAUACGAAGACAACUUGAUCUCAUGAAAACUACGCUUUACAACCACUUCAUCUAAGAAACCAUGAUAAGUGGCACAUGUUUUGUGUUGUGAGGGGUCAGUCUUCCUUCUUAAUAGCCUGUUCUAAGGUUACGGUUUUAAAUGAACCACGCGGAACUUCAUGUUUAACGGUACAAGAGGCUGGAGACGCGGACGUUGUCGCAAGUCAAGUAAAUCAAAGUAACUUCUGUUUUUUCAUUGAAUACGUCUUUCAGCGGGGAUGUAUGUGGUCUCACAGGAGAUCAUAACAAUAAUGUCAGAUUUCUGUCUGAAAGCGACGGUAGGGAUUAGCUUUACCGACCCGCUCCACGGUUAUGUACGUCAAAUGAGGCGGGAUGGGUGAGUCCAGUCCACUGCUUUGCCCAGCCCCGGUCAACCACUAGUGUGCGCUGAAGUGCGAUCUAUCAUCUAUCAUCUAUCACUGAACUGUGAUAGACGCACGUUCCCUCGGGAUAAACAACUUUAUUGAAAAAAGAAUCUUCUUUCUUUCUUUCUUUCUUUCUUUCUUUCUUUCUUUCUUUUAGUCUGUGUGUCUAAAUUAUCCCUACACGUGUUACAUAGAUACCUCAACAGAGCUGUAUCCAAGUCAAUCUUAGAAAUAUUGAUCCCUGUAAAAAAAAAAAAAGAAAUAAAAGAAAAAAAAAUACUUGUAAUAUAUUUUUGCAAAUUAACCAAGACUUGAAGACGGAGAUCAGUAAACUGACUUUGUACUCAUAGCUUGACAGUUUCCAUCCCCAGUUCAAUACAAGAUUUGCCCAAAAUCUGAGAGAGGUGAACAUUAUUUAGGCAAAUUGAGAUUUUUAUAAAAUCAUUUACUGUCAAUUUUUUGCCCACACUGUCCCCCUAUUUAUAGUUUCUUUAUUACUCUCACAGGGUGUUUAUUUUCUUCUUAGAUUUCUUACUACUUGCCGUGUUCAAAAGCUGUAUAUCAAAUUGACAGUAUCUUUUAGAUAGCUGUAAACCAAACUGUUCUCCCUUUAUACACUAACAUGUAUCUAUUUUACCCUUUAGGAGAGGGAAAAUCAUUACAAUAUUUUCUAAGGAUUCAUGUUAGCGUUGGGGUGGUUUUUUAAAUCAAAUGCAUAACUGAGUCAGUCUACAGCAGUAGUUUACAAACUUACAUUCCUGCUAAUUUCAAUUUUGCUACUGAAUGCUGUUAGCAAGUAAGAACUGGUCAGCUAUUAUUUUUUCAGGCAAUCAAGACCAACUGAGUCAGCCUCAACAAAACAAAUAUGUUAUUUUUAUCAUUAAUGUUAUUAUUAUAAACAGUCAAUUGUCAUGUUUAUAUAACUCUGAACUGCUUGACCAUUAUAGAGUAAACUACAGCAUAAGUCAUAGAUGAAAGGGAAAAACCUCAAACUGAUGAUUCACCAUUAUCAUCCCACAGUCUGGUAAGACUUAGACGUAGAGUCAAAGAUUCCAAAUUUUAUUUUUUCACAUGUAUGCCCAACACUAUCUGAAAUCGGCAUUUAGGUUGGUUAUAGUUAUGUUUCAUAGAUGGUGCACAUAGCAAAAUAAUAGAAAUGUAUUUGGCCAUGGAUUUGAAUGUAAAGUUAUCAAAUUUACUUGUGUCUUAUUUCUGAAGCAAAAUAUUAAGUACUGAUGUUUUCAGUUAAUUAUGAUUAAGGUAAUUACAUCUAAAUCUUAUCCACUAGUCAAAUGCCUUAUUCACAACACAACAUGCCACAAGGCCAGGAAAUGCUGCUGUAAUCCCAUCAUGCUGUAUAUGUAUGCUGUAUUUAUGCUGUGUGCAGUAAUCAGGUUUGGAAGAAGACUUAAAGACUUUCUGGAAGCACCAGUCACACAUUUUAAUCUCCCUUUAGUUGAAAAUAACUAGAUUAUUGAAUCAAAAAAAACUUGAUCAGUACUGAAAAUACUAGUUUUCCAGAACUGUUCACAGCAUUUUGAAAUGAAAUGAGGAUUUUAAGUACACACUCCAUGUUAGCCCCAUAGUUACAUCAUUUGUAAAUGUCUGGUCAGUGAAUGGCCUGUUUCCUGAUAAAGAGAGGUUAAAACAGCCAAGGACAACUCAUCAAGGCUCCUGCAUGUGAUAAACAAACUGUUUUUUAGCCCUGGGCUCCUUCUUUCAACGGUGCCACCAUGCACAAUACUCCUGCAGAGGAUUUGCAGCACAGGCUCAUACCUUGGCCAUGUGUGCCCGUCUCCAUGGCAUAUCUUCAGUCUUAGCCUCAUGGGAGAGUUCACUUGUAUUUUCAGGCUUGCUUUACUGCUCACCAAAGUAACACAAAGGCCCAUUCAUGCCUGAGAGUGGCUCCAUUCAUGGAUGCUGAGUACUUGCCGGUAGAAUUCAUAAUUGUUCAGCGUCUUCCAUCUCCGGGGCACACUGGUGGAAAUGACGCCACAGUUGGUUGUUUUAAGGAUGACAUAAAUAUUCAAAUAGGCACAUUGGUCUCUGUUUUGUUUGUAGUGGUUUAUUUUGCUGCAUUAUGCAUGCUCCGAAUUGUGUGCUUCCUACACAGACAGUGGGCCUAACAGUGACACAAAACAAAGCUACUCUCUGAAGAGUGAGAUUGCAGUGUGAUAGUAAAACUUAGACCUUGCUGUGCCCUCAGGCUGAGGAGGAGGGAUGGGUUACUAACAAGUAGUUGGCAGGUGAAUUACCGGAAGAAUCACAUUUAUAGACAGGAACAAAUAUGGUUCCUUUGGGUUUCAGCUGUGUUUAAGUGAUUAGUAAUGUUCUUAAUGGUGUGACUGCUAUAGAAUAAAUUACAGAGUACUUCAUAAAAGAACUGGGCCAAUCCCAGAGAUCUAUGAUUCAAUACUGUCAGUCAGACAGAAGGACCUGGGAAUUUCAGUCUAGAUAAAAAGAGUCAGAUAAAAAGGCUUUAUUUGCACAUGCUUACACAAUAUUAUGUACUCUGAAAUGUAGGCUGGCCUGGCCUGAGAAUAUACUAGCAACAGAGGGUAAAACUGGCUAAUUUUACAAAGGUCAAAAGUAAAGAUGCAUAAGUGUAAUAUAAACUUAGAUUGAAACAGUUACAAUUUUAAAAACAAGUUAAAAAUACUUACCAUUUAUAAAUCAAAUGAUUGUCUUUUUUUUACAUUAAAAAAUUAUGGUAUAAAAUAAUGUUUGAAUGGAAAACAUAUAGUAGGUGUAAGAUGGUGUUUAGCAUACUCACAUUUGUGUCAUUUUGGGUUUAUAGUAGCAUUUGCCACAAAAAAUAACAUUCACUGGUUCUUGGCCUCAAUUCAGUUUUUAGGGAAAAAAAGUGGGCAUAUGCUAUAAGGAGAAGGCAUUAAGCAGAGGUCAUUCAUGUGGUAAAAUCAGAACUGUUCACACAGAAAUCAAGAGACAUAGAAGCCUUGUGUCGUACAAGCACUUACAUUGCUUCCUAACCACAGUCGUAUUAUCAUAAGCAUGUUUUGUAAUACAGCACUGUGCUGUGCCGCCUCAGUGUUUGAGUCUUACAGGAUCACAGGAAUGCUUCACAAUUAGCCCCUGUUGCAAGGGUGUAUACUGCAGGGUUCCACAGUCUUUGAGAGGAGAGAGAGGGCUGCUACCCUCCCACAUCUGACCCAGAGAUUGUGCAAUAGCCUGCUCAUCAGACAAACGCCUUUAAGCUGGAACAACAAAGAGAUACACAUGGCAGCUGCAAGAGCAGGCUGAAAAAAACAAGAUUUGGCUUUUAUCGUUUUUACUUUUUUUUAAUCCUCUUGGAAAAGGCAAAAUUUUUUAUGUAGGUUCUACACGUUAUCAUUCAAGACAGAAAAAUACAUGAAAACAGCAUAUGAGUAUUGUUGUUGCAAAUGCUUUGUAAGGCUUAACUAUGUGUACUCUCCGCACCGAAUAACAAACAGAAAGACUUUUUUGUGUAUAAGUAGGAGAAGAAUGCAAUGUAAAGGGGAAAAAUGAUUUGGUGGCCUCCCACUUUUUGUCUUAGAGUAUGCGUCCUGAGCUGUGACCUGCUGAGUACAAUGAGUUCUUGCAGCUGGAUGUGCUGGAUGGGGUUUAGGUCCAGAUGUACACUGUUUAUAUUCCCUGUUUAUGGGUAUUUCACACUUGUUAUAAGGUGUGACUAGAACAAAAAAAAAAAAAAAAGGAUGAUGUAAUCCAAAUGACACACCUGCAAGGGGAAUGUACAAGUUUUCCUUUUACUUCACAAAAGAUAGCCCGUUAACAUUCAGUUUUCUGUUUGUCUCCAACAGAUAGCUCCCAAAAUAAAGCUGAGAUGUGUUUGGUGGAGCUUGUCAUGCUCUAGAAUGAUAACAAACCAAAGUUCCUGCUUGUUAAAGAAACUGAUUCUGCUGCAACAUGACCAGCAGUCAGGAUAACUUCUGGAGACAGCAUGAAGUAAACAGGUAGGCAUUUUCUGCUCUAAUACAUCAAGAUAGUAGAUGUAUACUAAGAUAAUAGAUACACUACAGGCCAAAAGUUUGGAAGCAAGAUCAGAUUUGUACAAAAAAAGAUCAUAGUUUCAUAUAUAUAAUUUGCAACACAAUAAACAUGACUAUUGCGUAAAGAGUAACUUAUCAGAAGACAUUUUGACUAUAAUUAUUAGGUAUUUGAGUUAUUGUUGCUUAGACUUUGCUUUCUUGGAGUAAAUACAUCCCAAAAUACAUAAAACUCAUGCUGGAUUUAAAAAAAAAGCAUUGUGAACAAAAAGUUACUCCCAUUUGUUCGGCCUGUAAUGGCCUUGCUUCCAAGCUUUUGGCCUUUCUCAUUACUAUUUAAAUUGUAAAUUCUCAGUGAAGGCAUCAAAACUAUGAAUGAACACAUAUGGAAUCAUGUGCUCAAGAAAAAAGUGUGAAAUAACUGAAAACAUGUACUAUAUUUUAGAUUCCUCAAAGUAGCCACCCUUUGCUAUUUUGAUAGUGCUGCAAACUUUUGCUGUUCUCUCAAUGAGCUUCAUGAAGUAGUCAUGAAAUGGUUUUUACUUCACAGGUGUGCCUUGUCAUCAAGAGCAAAGGGUGGCUAUUUUAAAGAAACUUGAAUGUAAAACAUGUUUUCAGUUAUUUCACACUUUUUUUAUAAGUAUAAAAUUCCACGUGUUCAAGCAUAGUUUUGAUGCCUUCAGUGAUAAUCCAUAAUGUAAACAAGAAUAUUUAAUUUUUAUAGUAUUUAUUGCAUUUACAUGGCAUCUAAGACACAAAAAAUCACAUGUUGUGUAAAGACUGAAAAGAAAGAAAAAAAUUCAGCCAAUAGCAACAAAAGAGAGUUUUCCUCUUGCUUACACUAAACAGUGAUACAUUGGAUGUAACCGAAGCGAAAAUGGUGCCAGAAAUGUGGAGCAUGCUUCAGAGUAACAGAAUUAGAGUUAGUAGUUCAAAAAGAAAAUCAAUUACAACCAAAGAAGAAUGUUACCAGUGUCAUUUUCAAGGGCUUUUCUUCUGCAGAGCUCCAGUAGCUCAUUAGCAAUUUGCCUCUGAAUCGUGGGCAGAGACAGCGCUGCUCUGCAUACUCCUCUUCACGCUAGCUUGCAGCCUAACAUAGUCGAAGAAGCAGGUAACAUAGGAGCUAUUCAGCUCCUGGACACUAAUGUCUUUGAGGACAUGAUGAAAGUUUAUAUCAUAAUUAGCUUUCUUAUGAGCAUUGCAAUCCGCUAAUGCACACACUUUUUCCACUAUCGUCCUUUCUACUUCAAGCGUGCAUUUAAAGCUCCGGGGGCAGAGCUUGGAGUUGUGAUGUAGGAAAUCACACUGUGUCUGAGCCUGCCGUUUGGGUCGGCCAGAGAUUGACAGUGAUUUGAAUGCGGAAAUGCUCAGAAAUGUGAUUUAGCACUUAUUUUUCUCAUGAUUCGUCCUGUAGCUUCAGAAAAAUGCCAUGUGAACAUGUAGACAACCAGAAACACAUGAUUUUAUGAGUGGGUCUUUAUGAAGAGGUUGCUGUACUUGUAGUGUUGUUAUGUAAUCCAAGUAGAUGUUAGAAAGUCAAGCAUAUGUUGAACCACAUGUCAUGCUUGUUAUUUCAUAUAUAAUGACUCACCCAUGACAGGUUAUGUGCAGAAAUGAUUUACACACAUGAAAAACACGGUGUAGAUGUCUGAACUUCUUUUGCUUUGCAGAGCGGGCUAUAGCCUCAGUCCUGACAUGGAGGUUAACCAGACUGAGCUUCAGCGACAAACAGCCAAAGAAUUUAACCGUGAGUCUAUCAGAUGUUUAUUUUCAGUACAAGUUAUUGUACAUUUAUUUUUGUCACAGAAAAGCAACUUAAAAAGCUGUUUACAACAAUUUAAUCACACUUACUUAUAGAACAAAAAUUAUGUAUUAUUUUGAAGUCCUUUUGAAGUGAACAAGAAAUAAAUCUUGAGACAGAAACAAACAUGUUCAGAGGCAUGAUGAACACUUUUUUGUGGAAUUUGGUUAAAAUUCAUUUUAAAACUAACACAUUCAUUACUAAGGAUAUACCUAUUUUGAUACACUAAACACUUAUGGUUUCUAAAAUAUGGAAUAAAGUUUGUACAAUACUACAGGAGUAAAUCCAAAUUUUGUAUUUUGCCGUAGCUUGACAGACUAGAGUUCAGUCCCUGUUUGACUGAUAGAGCAGUGUGCAGACAGGCUUUAGCUGAGUUUGCCAUCACUGUACUGAGCUGUGUAGCAGAGAAGAGAGCAGAGUGAAGGAGGCGGGGAAGCUAUUGCUCCCUGGUCACCAGCUGUUCCUGCAGUCUGGGGCAUGAUGGAUGUUUCCACAGAGAAGGUUAUGGGAAGCUCUGUUAAGAUUAUGUCCUGCCCCACAGAUAAUGUCAAUUCCUGUGUUAAUCAGGGUGUUGUGGCUUAUGUUUGACGAAGGAGGUGAUAGGUUAAGCGGUUGUUUUCAACAUGUUUUUACUUCCUUUCCUCUAUGAUAACCCCUUCAGCAAAACAGGAGCUUUUUUCUGAGCAAUGUGCAGCCAAGUCCCCAUGGUAUCUUUUCCUCCUACACCAUUACUACAUUUGAGUUCACUUUUUUUUUUCAUUGCAAGCAUUUUCCAUGUAUCUUCUGUUAAAAAUUGUUACUGCACUGACAGAAAACAACAGUUAUAGCAAAUCCUUGUAACCUAAUAAAGUUGCAAUCUCUUGGUGCAUAUUACAAAAAGGUUUUUAUCAAGCAAGAUGUUCACACAUGAUUAUUUCUUUCUUUACCAGGCAACUCCUUCAUCUCCCUGCCUUGUUUCUACAACGAUACUUGCUGCCACAAGCUAGAUAACACACAGUGUCUCCAUGAAGGAGACCAAGUUGUUCCAUCUCUCCAGAGACAGGCAGUUUUAGGAGGUAUCCAAAAAGAAAUCAAGCCCCUGCCACCUCUACCUGACCCCGAGGAACUCAUGUCUGAUGAAGCGGCUGAUAGUGAGGUGGAGUUUUUUACCAGUGACCGGCAGCAUCUUUUGCCCAAAAGCUGCCCAAAGGCCAUAAGCAGGAGCACUAACAGAGACUGUGGCCUGGUGAAUUAUGCCUAUCAGGAGAGCUUGAUUCGUUCUCAUGGUGCUGGGAUUAGCUCUAUGGCUUUCUCUUGGCCAGGGUGUGAGGAAGGACCAACUGGAAGAGGAUUUGGGUUUGGAGCCAACACCCGGUCCCUGGCUCUUCAAAGAGAGGACCAGCCAGAACAAAACCAAUUAUCCAGGCUCCAAUUUUUCUACUCUGGCCCAGACCCCCAAACUCUUCACAGCAGCACAACAACCAGCCCAGCUGAAAAGCCAAAAGUUCCUCCCCGUAUACCUAUCCCACCAAAACCUCCUGCUCGCUUAAAAACUCUUGGUGUCAAUGAGGAAGAUAAGCCUCCCAAAAUCCCUCCAAGGGUUCCCUUAGUACCCCCUUGUCCACCACGCACACCCAGCCCCAAAAGUCUUCCGAUUUAUAUCAAUGGUGUGAUGCCUGCCACACAAAGUUUUGCUGCUAACCCAAAAUAUGUGAGUAAGGCUUUACAGAGACAUCAGAGUGAAAGGUUGCCCCCUUUAGCUCAGUUUUCACCCUGCAUUGUUCCCAUUUUGAAGGAUGGCAGACAGGCCAGCAAUACACAUUACAUCCUUUUGCCACCAGGUCGACAAGUAUACUCAGACAGACAAGAAAGAACUCCAGUCCAGGACAGGCACAGUGUCUGUCAGAACAGGUAAACCCCUUGAGACCAGGUCGGGAACUUGAGCACAAAACUUAACUGAUAUUGUAAAUAACCAUGUGAUACACCAUUGAACAGAGUGUGUGGGAACAUCCAUCUUUAACAUUCAUGUGUUUGAUGUUUUAAAGAUUAUUUCUUCGAUGACUAAUUUAUUUUAAGAUCAUAUGUCACAAAUAAUAUGAGAUCAUCGUGUUUGUUUUACUGAACAUUUUACCAGUCAGUAUUUAAUCAUCUUAUUUAUUUGUCCUUUAAUUCAACCUUGAAAACAUAGCAGUCUGGUAAUUUUGUUAAUAAAGCUUGAAAUUUUCAAUCAUGUUUUACUGAAGUAUUGAAGUGAUCUUAUAGAGAAGAUAUUUCAUUAUUAAUGAGUUCAUAAUUCACACACUCAGUGCUAGAGCAUUCAGGGCUAGAGCAUUCAGGGCUAAUGCCAUGUUCUUAACAAGAGAGCAAAUGAUCACUACAUGUACAAGCUGAGCUUGUAUCAAACUACUCAUCACAUGUUGUUUUAUUUAAAAAAUGCUGCUUGAAACCUUGUAUACAAUGUACAGAUAAAUGUUUUACUUUUGUGAAGACCUCUACAAAAUAUUUGAAAAUUAGCAAUGUGACUGAUGUAAGACUGACUUAAAGGUACAGUGUGUAUUAUUUAGUGGCAUUUAGCAGACAAGACCUGGUAGGACUGUAAUAUGAUGCUCUGAGAAUAUUUAGAUUUGUGUACAAUGUUGAGUACAAAAAUUGUAUUAUUUUUGUUUACUACAUGGGAGUGGGUCCCCUUCUGCAGACUUGCCCUGCCAUAUUUGCAGGACAGACAAACCAGUAGCGUUCGUGGUUUUGUAUUUAGUGAGCGACUGUCCGAAAAGCAUUGAUUGGAAGAUGAUAAAGGUGAAAGUGGUUGAUGUGAGCAAAAGAAUGUAUUGGUUAUCUCUGAUACAAAUUUGACAAAUAAAAAAACAAUCUUAUCAUGCAUCACAGGAUCUCUCAAUCCUUCAGGGCCAUCCUCACAUGACUGGUGGGAGGGGUGAGCAAGGAUGCAUUUCAAUCUAGUAUUUGAGCAUAAAUAUCACAAAGUAUUCCCAUUCCUACAACAGUGUGUCCUCCACACAACAAUACUUUGAACUACAAUGAAAACUUACUCUUUUGCUGUUUGUACUGACAAAAUCUAUAUUUUAUUUUAAGGAAUAAACAAGCUACAUCAUAUUUGCAAAAUAUUAAAUACUUUGAAUACAUUACAUACAUGGUUAUUGUAUGUUUAUGCUUGUGCUCAAAGAUGAUUUCAUUUAAAGCAAAAUAAUAUGAGCUGAAUGAAAAUCUGUCUGACCAUUAAUUCAGAGCAUGACUGAAAUCUGCUGUCAGGUCUAAACUGACUGAUAUGUAUUGAAACACUUGUGAUGAGCCGUUGUCACUAAGUUAUUAAUGUCUGAUAGUUAAACAUCAGUUGUGUUUGUUAACACAGGGGGGGGGAAGAAUCCUUCAGAAUGUUUUAGUUUUGGUUAAUGUAACCAUGAUUAAAUUCAGUUCCAAAAUGCUCAGUUUAAAUACCAUUUAAAGGGUUAAAAACAUACAGAUUGGAACCUGCUUUCAAACUGAGUGGUGGCUGCAAAGUCUGGUCUCUCUCAAUUGCCCUAUUUUUUUUUUGUAUUUUUUGUAUUUUCCUUGUGUUUUGUCAGCUGCUGAUGGAUACUUCUGCUGGGAGAACAGUUUACUCAAGAGAAGAGCUCCUCUCAUUGGGACAGAGCAAAUCUGUACGACAACAUCCAAUCCCAGACACAGGAGAGGUUAUCAUGGUUGCUGUGCUGGUGAAAAGGUAAGGCAAAGUUGAAAACUAGGAAAUGGAGAUAUAAACCGUUUCUUCCAUCAAUCAACGUGGGAAACAUCAACUCUCUGCCCGGCAAAAACGAUGAGCUGGAGAUAUUGGUGAAGACUGAGAAAGCAUACCGUGAGUGCAGUUUCCUGUGUUUUACUGAAACCUGGUUGAAUCAAAACAACUCGGACUCCACUUUGUGCGAAGACAGCCUGGCUUCACUUCUGUUUGUGGGUCGAAACGGACCUCCUGUGGACUUGCUUGAUCCGCUCCCGGUUAUGAGAACCGGGGUCAAAGCAGGGCAUCGUCUCUUCUCUUCCUUGAUAACCAGACGGCAGCAAAAAGAGGCCGAGCCAAGGCCUCUGUGAUUCAUUCUUGCUUAAGGUAAGAAGAAAAAAAAAUCUAAACCAGACUUAACUGACUGGCUGUGCUUCAUAUUAAAACACAUUUUGCCAUAAGUCGGUUGGCUGGGGUCAUAUGUGAACGUAUGUAGCCGCCCUGAUUGUGGCCGCACACUGUAUUUCGCAUGCUGCUUGCCACCACUGGGAAGGUCAGAUCAUAACUUGGUCUAUAUGCAAACCUGUUACAGACCUUGUGUACUGAGGCAGCCUGUGACCAAAGUCAAAAUCAGAGGAUGGACACCUCAAGCCAGUGAAGCUCUAAGGGACUGUUUUAAAUCAACAGACUGGAAUGUGCUGCUGGAAACAGAUGAGGACAGUAUGAACAUUGACAAAGAGGUUGACUGCUUUACUGAAUACAUCAACUACUGUCGAGACACAGUUAUACUGACAAAGACUGCUGUUUCCCCAACAACAAACCCUGGAUCACAAGUGACACAAAAGCAAUCCUUAACCAGAAAAAGAAAACUUUUAAAGAUGGUGACAAAGAACGACUCAGACAAGUGCAACAAGGGUUGAAGAGGAGUCACAGAAACCGCCUCCUAAUCAACACCUCAAAGACAAAGGAAAUGAUCAUAGAGUUCUGCAGAUCUAAACCCCUUCUUUAGCCAGGGAACACCCGUGAAAAAGGCUGGCUCCGUGGUUGGAUUCAAGUUGGACUCACUGGAGGAUGUGGAGGAGAGAUCUACACUGAGGAAGAUGGAGACUAAUCUAAAGAACAUGAAUCAUCUACUUCACAACACCCUAAUGGACCAAAGGGCCAAUGUUGGUAGACAGCUCCUCUCUCUUCACUGCAGGACAGAAACAUUCAGAAGAUCUUUUGUACCAACAGCCAUCAGGCUUUAUAACUCUUUUAUAAAUAGUAGAUGGCAUGAGACAUGAGACCGCAGACAACAGAAUUUUUUGUAGUCAAUAUUAUUCUGUUUGUGCACGGCAGCAAGAGAAUCAUGUUUACUCAGCAAUAUUGAAGACCACAGAUACAUCAAUGCAUUGGAAGUUUCCGUUGAGGAUCUGUGUUGUACUUGGCUGUUGUAUAGUUGCAUAAUGUUGUUGGAGUUUGUUGAAUUCUAUAAAAUUGCAGUUUUAAUUUAUUUAAAGAGAAAAUAAAAUAACUUAUUUAUUGAAUGCUUGGCUGAACUUCAUUUUUUGCACAUAAGAACAUAAUGUACCAGGGUCUGUGGCACUGAAAUUCACUUGCACUCUGUGGAGACAAGUGGAUCUCUACAAAUUAUAUUUCUGUUGCAGCUUAUUUUAAAAGUGGAACCUUACAGUCUCUGAAUUCAGUGGUGGCUGAGUAAUACUCAGUCUUUUUUUUUUUUUUAAACUGGCUAAUAGAUCAUGGAAGCUGUCAAGCAUCUGAAGUAUUUGAAUAUUUCCUAAGUUCUAUUUUUUAUUUAUGAACUUAUGAAAAGUGUGUUCAUUUACACAUUCUCCUUCACUGUCAAUAUGAUUUAAGUAACUUAUGGAAAAUAUGGAACUUUUCCUUGAUAUUUUAAUUUGUUGAGAUUCAUCUUUGCUUCUCCAAAAAGAAAAUGUACAUUGCACUUACCACAAAAACUAUUUCAAAAUGGAGUUUGUAGCUCUUUGUAAGCUACACUGAACAUGAUUGAAGCUCUAAAAGCUUGUACACAAAAAAAGUUCAAAACAUUUUUUUCUGUGACAAGUUUUAAUAGUUCUGUGACAGCUGCUGAUGGAUUAAAACUGCUCACAAUUAUGUGAGCAACAGAAGUGAUGUACUGAAAACAAAGAUUCCAGGUAAUCAUUCCUCUUUGUAAAGCAUGGAAGAUAAUGACAGUAGGACAGUAACUCCGAGGGAGAGUUAUGACAAAAGCAUCAAUAACCUUUUCUUGUCCAUGCUACGUAAUGUCCUCACACUUCACAUUCACAGUUUAUUUGCCAUUUGACUAAAUGGCAUUUUGGAAACAAAAAAUACUUACCAUUCAACUCCGCCAUUUUACCAAAACAUGCUCACAGGUGUAAUGCAUCCACACUCUUUUUUUCUGGGAUGGAAAUUUAUCAUCAUUCUUGAUUAGGACAGUGUUUUGACAAACAUUAAGUCUUGAAAAAAUUAACAUCAGUAGCGUUUAAUUAUCUAAGUUUAGCAUGUGAAGGGAUUUCCCCUCCACCAUUUAAUAAAUCAAAGCCAGUCAUGGGCUAAUAUCUAAUCAAAAUGAAAAAAAAAAAAAACUUGUUCAACUCAGAAAUCUUUCUUUGUGUUUUCAAAAUAAGUUACAAAAUCAACAUGUAACCCCCCCCCAGCCCACCCCCCCGAGGUCCACAGCCUUGGGGCUCGUCAGAGGCAGGAUUUUGUCGGUCACUUUAUCGCCAGGCCCGGUUGAGCAGUUUGACUUCUGCCAGACGUUUGCUGAUCAUGGUGGCAAAGAAAAGGGCAAGGAGAACACUACUGAUCAACAUGUAGUCAUAGUCAUCUUUUAGGACAUCAAAUUGUUUUGAAGGAUAGACACGCGUUUGAUAGAUGUCAAGACCAUAUGCCACCACCUGCAAGGAAAAAAAGAGACAAUUUCCUAUUUAGAUUUCAUUCGGCAAAAGGAGAAAUGAAAACAAGGAGAAAUGAAAACAAUAGGAUCUUAAAUGUUUUUUUUUUUUUAAAGGGCAAACAGUUGUUUAAAGCAUGCAAAUGUACAAAGGUAGUCAUCAGAUAAUAUGUCAGUUUUGGGCUGACAAAAAAUUACCAAGCAGGUAGACUCCAGUCCAGAGGGAGCUGUGUAAAUUCCUCGCACUCUUGACACUGUUUGAUUGUAGUUGAUAAACCACUCAGUACGGAUUGGCAG